AUGGGAGUCUUAGAAAAAAUCAAAGAAAUAGAGGCUGAAAUGGCCCGAACCCAAAAAAACAAAGCAACGGAGUAUCAUUUGGGUCAGCUAAAAGCCAAAUUAGCCAAGUAUAGAUCACAAUUACUCGAAGCCCCCAAAACUGGUAAAAAAGGAGAGGGAUUCGAUGUACAAAGACAAGGUGAUGCAAGAAUAUGCUUAAUCGGAUUUCCAUCUGUUGGUAAAUCAACACUUUUAUCGAAAAUAACUAGCACAACAUCUGAAGUAGCAGAUUACGAAUUUACUACGUUAACUUGUAAACCUGGAAUAGUAAAUUAUAAAGAUUCUAAAAUUCAACUACUUGAUUUACCAGGGAUUAUUCAAGGCGCUUCAGAGGGUCGUGGUAGAGGAAGACAAGUAAUAGCUGUAGCAAAGUCAUGUGAUAUGAUUCUGAUGAUAUUAGACGCAACCAGAGACAACAGCCAAAAAUUAAAAUUAGAAAAUGAGCUAAAAUCAGUGGGAAUAAGAAUAAAUCAAGAACCUCACAGAAUUACAUUAACUCGAAAAAAAGUUGGUGGUGUUGUUAUAAAUAGUACUGUUCCAUUAACUAAAAUGGAUAACAAGCUUAUAAUGACAAUACUUCAUCAAUAUAAAAUACACAAUUGUAACUUACUGUUUAAUGAAGAUGCCAGUGUAGAUGAUCUUAUCGAUGUUAUAGAAGGAAACAGAAAAUUUAUAAAAUGCAUUUAUGUUUAUAAUAAAAUAGACAUGUUACCUCUAGAGGAAAUUAAUACUAUAGCAUCCUAUGAUAAUUCAAUUGUUAUAAGUAGUAGCAAAUCAUGGAAUUUAGACGUAUUAAAAGAAUAUAUAUUUCAAAAAUUAGAAAUUAUUAGAGUAUAUACAAAACUUCGUAAAGAAAAACCUGAUUUUAGCAACCCUAUUACAUUAACUAGACAAAGAGGAAGUCAAACUGUAGAAGCCGUUCUUAACCAAAUUCAUAAAGAUAUGAUUAAAGAUUUUAAAUUUGCAUUAGUAUGGGGUAGAAGUACUAAGCAUAAUCCCCAGAGAGUUGAUUUACAUCACAAACUAGCUGAUGAAGAUGUUAUUCAAGUAGCAAAAAAUAGCUAA